AUGACUACCACUAGGAGUGUUCAACGUCUUCAGCAGACGCUAUCGCAUGUGCAGCCGGCGUCAGCGCCGGUCCAAUGGUCUAUCGUCGCCGGACCGACUGAGCCUGAACUAUUGGAUAUUACGCUUGGUGAGCUGUUGACAAUUCAGGCACUACAGUACGGCAAUUAUGAAUGCCUUGUGUUUCCCUGGACUGGCGCGCGCUGGACAUACGCCAACUUGAAGGAGGAAUCUGAGCGUCUUGCGCUGGGAAUGUUGGCAAUGGGAAUUCAGAAAGGUGAUCGCGUUGGAAUUAUGGCAGGCAAUUGCGAACAGUACAUCUCCGUAUUUUUCGCUGCUGCGCGAGUCGGAGCUAUCUUGGUUGUGCUAAAUAACACAUAUACACCAUCGGAGCUUCAUUAUGCGCUCGAUCACUCAGGUAAUUCCCAGCGAUUUAUUUCCCCCCCCCCAAAGUAUAAACUUGAAGGUACUAACUCGAUCAACCCAUCUUAUUUAGGCUGUAAGGUUAUGUUUAUCACACCCCGCAUUGGUCGUCAUAAUCUUGAAGAAGUCCUGCAACGGCUGGGUCCACAGCCCAAGGACAUCGGGACCUCCAAGGCCCUGGAGGAAAUUGUUAUUCUUCGCGGAACAUACGAGAAUUUCCCAACUUACAACGAUAUCAUCGCUCGCGGAGCCUCGCAAUCUACAUAUAAUUACAUGCUCCAGGAGCGCGAAUCCUCAUUACGACCCGACGAUGUGUGCAAUCUUCAAUUCACCAGCGGAUCAACCGGUAACCCCAAGGCUGCCAUGUUGACCCACCACAACCUCGUCAACAACUCCCGGUUCAUCGGUGACCGAAUGAAGCUCACAUCAUUCGACGUCCUCUGCUGCCCUCCACCACUAUUCCACUGCUUCGGCCUAGUCCUCGGCAUGCUAGCCGUCGUAACGCACGGAUCAAAGAUUGUUUUCCCCAGCGAGACAUUUGACCCUAAGGCCGUUAUCCACGCGGUCUCCGACGAGAAAUGCACCGCUCUCCACGGCGUCCCCACAAUGUUCGAAGCUAUUCUCAGUGUUCCCGGCCCCAAGCCCGCCAACUUCGAUACCUCCAAUCUCCGCACCGGUAUUAUCGCCGGUGCCCCAGUUCCCCGUCCCCUGAUGAAGCGCCUUUUCGAAGAAUUAAACAUGACCGAAUAUACCAGCAGCUACGGCCUUACCGAGGCAUCACCAACCUGCUUCAACGCUUUCACCACAGAUAGUAUCCACACCCGGUUAACUACAGUCGGAAAGGUUCUCCCACAUGCUCGUGCUAAGAUCGUCGACGCCAAGGGUAACAUUGUUCCCGUUGGACAACGAGGGGAGCUCCUCAUGGCCGGGUACCAGCUUACCAAGGGAUACUGGAAUAACCCCGAAAAGACGGCUGAGACCUUCGUGACCGAUUCCGACGGAACACUCUGGUUGAAGACAGGCGAUGAAGCCUCAUUCAAUGAGCAGGGCUACUGCACAAUCACCGGACGAUUCAAGGACAUUAUUAUCCGCGGCGGCGAAAACAUCUACCCCCUCGAAAUCGAAGAACGACUAACCGCCCACUCCGACAUCGAACUCGCCUCCGUCAUCGCAAUCCCCGACCAAAAGUACGGCGAAGUAGUCGGCGCAUUCAUCCAAUUAUCCACCGGAAAGACACGACCCUCCGACGAAGAUCUCCGUCGCUGGACACGAGAAACUCUCGGACGUCACAAGGCACCACAGUACAUCUUUGUAUUUGGAGAAGAGGGGGUAUCCAGCACAGUACCGAUAACGGGGAGCGGAAAAGUCCGGAAAGUGGAAUUGCGAGCGAUGGCGACCGAGGCGUUAGCGAAACGGGCACAAUAG